UUAUUCGUAAGUGGAGUUCUUUUAGCUAAUGCUGCUUUAGAUACUGCUUUCCAUGACACUUAUUAUGUAGUUGCUCAUUUUCACUAUGUUUUAAGUAUGGGUGCUGUAUUUGCAUUAUUCAGUGGGUGAUAUUUCUGAAUACCUAAAAUAUUAGGUUUAAGUUAUAACAUAUUAUUAUCUAAAGUUCACUUCUGAUUAUUAUUUAUAGGGGUUAAUUUAACAUUUUUCCCUCAACAUUUCUUAGGUCUACAAGGAAUGCCACGUAGAAUAAGUGAUUAUCCUGAUGCUUUUGCAGGUUGAAAUUUAGUUAGUAGUUUUGGUUCUAUAGUUAGUGUUAUAGCUUCUGGAUUAUUUUUAUAUAUUGUUUACAAACAAUUAAUAGAUAAUAAUCCUGUAGGAAGAUUCCCUUGAUUAAUGCCUCAAUAUUUUACUGAUGCUUUACAAACAUUAUUAAAUAGAAAUUAUCCUAGUUUAGAAUGAGCUUUAACUAGUCCACCUAAACCUCACGCAUUUGUAAGUCUUCCUUUACAAUCUAAUGUGAUUAAUUUAUUUAUUUAA